GUGCUGACGUUCGAGCUACACUUUACAGUUUUCCGUACGUGUUUUGAAGCUUGAAAUGUUGUCACUUGACUUAACCUAAUCAAGCUGAAACCGAUUAAUUUAAUCGACAUGUCACAACGUCGAAGAGUGUGAAUAUUAUUUCUCAGUUUUCACUGAAAUAUAACUGAAUUCGAAGAGUGCGGUGCCAAGAAUCGGAAAAAUGUUUGGUUCAUUACGAAAUAAAUUUCAGACUGUCCAAGACGGGAUUUCUGCUGGCAUCAAAGGACUUACAGCAAGCGAUAAUUCGAAACCUAAGAAGACAGCAAAUGUCAGAAAUGUUAAUUACGAUGCGGGAGCAGAUCUCUUGUUCCACUACCAAACAGAGUGGAACGAGCUACACGAUCUUACUGAACAAAAUGCAGGGAAUGCUGAAGUAAUCGACUCUCUGGUAGCAUCGAUUCACGAGAAGCUGGAGCAAGAGUGGAAUAGCGUUGCACGACUCAAUAACGCUUUAGCGUCGGUGCCAAAAAUAAAUAAUGAUAUUCAGAAUCUGAUGGAUCAGAUAGGGUCACUCCAAGAAUUGUUUGAAGAAGUUGAAGGAGCCAUUUUUGAAAUGGAAGAUUUGAAAGAAACUCUAGACCUACAGAGCAGUCAGCUGGAUCACAGAUUUCAGUUGGCACUUUAUAAAGAAAAGAAAUUAUCUGAAUUGGAUUCUGUGAGAGCAAAAUUAGCCAACGAUCACUCCAAUCGCGUUUUGCUGCAUGAACUCAAACAGCAAAAAAUUCUGAAAGAGAGACAAGAAACUUUUGGGGAAGUGUUUAAGCAAGAGAUGCAGGAGUAUAAAACCACUGGAUCAGUUCCAAAAUUAGCGAGUGUUCAACACGGUCAAUCGCUAGAUGAGGUGGAAUUAGAUAAUACUGAUUUUGCAGAUCUGGAUGAAUUUCUUAAGAAUUGAUUGAUUCAAUUUAUGAAAAAUCUUGAUGAUUGGUAUAAAACAU